AUGGCCGAACCCGUUCCAGUGCGAGCCGCAACCACACGGCCACAACGGCCAGAAGACCACCUCGCGCCAUUCCCACCAGUCCCGAGCACAAGCACAAGCACAGCAGGAACCGAUCAAUUGAAGCCAUCCAGCAAAAUAUCAACACAAACCGAGAAUGGAACAACACAUUGCGGCGAACCAAACUCCUCCCACAGCUCAAAUGACGACAACAACCUUCCACCCCUCCCAACAGUCGUCGCCCGCAUCCACGCCCGCGUGCAAGCCUUUCUAGCCGAAUCCCACCCGAAAGACUCCCUCCUAGCCUCAGUCCAGCGCCAAACCCGCAUCUCCCUAGACGUCGUCGCCACAGCCCUAAAGCGCUACAAACUCUCGGAACUGUCGGUCUCCUACAACGGCGGCAAGGACUGCCUGGUCCUUCUAAUCAUAUUCCUGGCUGGUCUGCACCCAUCCGCCAAUAACACCAACAUCAAUAGCACUUCUUCCUCCGAGGAAACCGAACCAUCAUCCCUCUCAGCACAGGCGCUCGCAGAAGCCGAGGCCCAGAUCGCCGCUGCAACUUCCAUCCCGUGUAUCUACGCGCUCCCGCCUGACCCGUUCGAUGCGGUUGAAGAUUUUGUCGUUACUUCUGCUAAAGCGUAUCACCUCUCCAUAAUGAAAUAUACGACUGCGCCGCCGACGACGACGCUGCGGUCUAGUUUUGAGGAUUACUUGUCGCGGAACCCUGGGAUUAAGGCGAUUUUUGUUGGGACGAGACGGACGGAUCCGCAUGGGGCGCAGUUGACGCAUUUUGAUCGGACGGAUGGAGGAUGGCCUGAUUUUGUGCGGGUGCAUCCCGUGAUUGAUUGGCAUUAUGCGGAGAUCUGGGCAUUUAUUCGGCAUCUUGAUUUGCGGUAUUGUUCGCUUUAUGAUGAGGGAUAUACUAGUCUAGGUGGGACGUCUGAUACGCAUCCCAAUCCGAGAUUGAGGAAGGGUGCUGAUGGACAGGAGAAGGAUUAUCUUCCUGCGUAUCAACUUACUGAGGAUAUGGAGGAGAGGCUUGGCAGGAAUUGA